CACCACCAGCCACUCUCAGAACCUCCUCACUCAGAGCCAGAGCCAUGGACAGCUCCUCCAGCUCACUCCUGCAGCUCCAGGAUAACUCUGCCUUUCUGCUCGACUGCGAGAACCUUCUGGACCAAAGCCACAAUGCAUCUGACAACGGCUACUACAGCGCCUGCAGCAGCCUCUCUCCAGCUUCCUCCACAGACUCCUGCUGCUUCUCUCCUCCAGCCAUCCAGCACGGAAGCUGGCAGCAGAACAUUCCUGGAAACUUCCUGGAGAAUCUUCCAGAGGGUUUCCAGUUUCAGAGCACCAGCGACCAAGAGGACAAGAAGGACAAAAAGAGCGCCAAGCCAGCCAGGAGAACAGGACGCCCGAGGUCCAAGUGUCCAGGGGUAAAGCGCCAAAGUGCAAGUGAGCGUGAGAAGCUGAGGAUGAGGGACCUGACCAAAGCUCUUCAUCAUCUCAGAGGCUUCCUGCCUCCCUCAGUAGCUCCUGCCGGACAGACCCUGACCAAGAUCGAGACCCUGCGCCUCACCAUCCGCUACAUCUCCCACCUGUCUGCCCAGCUGGAGCACAGCCAGCCAGAGGUUGAGGCUCAUGAGAAUCUUCCAGGAUUUUCUGGGAAGACUGAAGCAGCUUCAAGUCCAGCAGUGCCAACAGUUUACCAGCCAGAGAACUUCAGCCAGGCCAGCCCACCCGCCCAGAGCCUCCCCACUCAGGAGUUCCUGAACAUGACCUCUUCAUAUCAGAAUCCAGAAUGCAGCCUUCCUCCAUCUCCGGCUCAGGAUUACUGGUUUCCCCAGCAGCAGUAUAGUUGCUACUAUGGACAAUGCUAAUGGUUAUGAAGAACCAGAACAACGUGAUAUAUAUAUAUAUAUAUAUAUAUAUAUA